UCCCUUCUGGCUGACCUCACAAAAUGAUUCAUUUCCCUUUUUUUUGCGUCCUGUAGUGAUUCCAAGCAAAUCUGUUGUGUACGUCUUUUAUGCUGAGUUUGCAGGAUAAGGAUGGUCAGAGGUCUGGGAAUAGCAGUCACUGGAAGACAUGCAUUGACUGGCAUUAAAGCUCAGCGUAAUGAGUUUCAUUCACAGAGAAGUUCGAGGAACAAAGCAGUUCAAUGAAGAAACUCUGAUCCUCUUCAGAAUGAGAGGACUACUGUUACUGCUACUCUCAGUUUCAAUGGGCUUGGCCACCUGUCCUGAUGGACAGUUCAAGUGCAUUGUGUCACAGGAAUGUGUUUCUAUGGAGCAAGUCUGUGACUUUCUCGUCAACUGUAAAGAUGGAUCAGAUGAAGAGUUUUGUGGCUCUUGUGACUUUGACAAACAUACAUGUGGAUGGACUGACACCAGUACUAAUGACUUCAAAUGGAGACUAGAAAUGGCAAACAUCACUGCUACUCCUGGAGUGGACCAUACUACAGGAUCACCUUGGGGUGGAGUUAUGCAUGUAGAAGGUGACAAUCCAGGAUUAUCCUCAAAAGCAGUUUUGGAGCACACACUUCUCCGGUCCCCCCAACUCGGAUGCAAGAUAAGCUUCUGGUACCAUCUCUACAACUCAAGUAUUUCUUCCACUUUUGGACUGAGUUUGAUCGCAAACACAUCCACUGUAAAGCUGUGGUCGAUUAAGAGGCACACUAACGGUUGGGAAAAUGCUACUGUGUUAAUUGGUAAUCGUCUACAAGGAGUAAAGAUUGUAUUUUAUGUGGAGCCUGUCUUCAUUGGAAAUCAGGAUAUCAUGCUGGAUGACAUCACACUGACAGACUGUGCAGAGGCAGAUGUUCCUGCAGGUUCAGAUGAGCUCAGCUGUGAUUUUGAGAAAGACACCUGUGCAUGGUACGAUGACCAGUCAGCCAAACUCACAUGGCAGAGGGCAGAUGGUAAAAAGCCUUCAGCUGAUCAGGGACCUGGACAUGAUCACACCACGGGAUCUGGCUAUUAUAUGUUUAUAACACCAAAAUCAAACUCUAAACCACCUGAGACAGCCAGACUGGUCAGCUUUCCACAGAAGUCCAAGUGUGUCAGCUUCUGGUAUCUAAUGUAUGGUUCCAAUAUUGGCUCUCUCAGAUUCAUUACUAAGCAAUCUGAUGGAACGCAGUCUCUUAUAUGGAUGAGAACUGGGACUCAAGGCAACAAAUGGCGUUUUGUGGACCUUAGCUUUGCAGAUAUUAAAGAACCAAUUCAGUAUAUGUUUGAGGGGACCCUGGAAGGCACCGAUGGCUACAUUGCAAUAGAUGACGUGCAAGUGUCAAGCAGUGUAAAUGGGUCCUGUCCAGCUGAACGGGAGUGCACUUUUCAGGGAUCUCUCUGCGGCUUUCAGCCUGAUCCCACAACAGAUUUUAUCUGGACCAGAACCAAAGGAGAAUUGGUCACUGACACCCCCAGCCCUCCAGUGGACCACACUCUGGGAACUGACAAAGGCUUCUACAUGAGUGCACAGCUGUGGCAGCACCCCAGUGACAGCAGAGGCAGCAUGGUGACCAACAUCCAUCAGCCGACCCUUGGGCAUGGGGAAUGCUGGAUGUUCUGGUACCACAUGGAUGGAAGAAACGUAGGUUCUCUAAACAUCUACGUCCAGGAUCUGAACAGUACCAGACCUCAGAUGCCUGUGUGGAGCAUGAGUGGAGAUCAGGGAGAACAGUGGAGACAUGGCAGAGUAUCUGUCAUUAGCCCUCACAGCCCAUACAAGGUUAUUUUUGAAGCAGUGGCUGGCAGUGAGGAGCGAAAAGAUAUUGCUAUUGAUGACCUAACGGUCCUCAAUGACCCUUGUCCACCAGAUGGGCUUUGUGAUUUUGAAAUAGACAUGUGUGGAUGGGUGAAUGCUUAUGUCAAUACCUCCAGUAUUGAAUGGAGCUGGACUUCUGGAAUUAGUGCUGUUUCAUUUGAUCCUGAGGUGGACCACACCACAAACACUGCCUUGGGACACUACAUGUACGUGGGCUUUUCUUUUAUGAGCCGUCUAGAACAGUUUGCUCAUAUUCAAAGUGAGUUAAUGCAGCCUAGCUCUCAAGGAUGUUUAGAGUUCUGGUACUACAUGAACAUGUGGAGUGUUGACAAGCUCAAACUUACAGUUUAUGUGAAUGAAUCCGGCUCACUGCGCUCUCUGUGGAUUCAAACCGGAGAUCAAGGGAAGGUGUGGCAUCAAGCCACUGUAGACUACACAUCGUCUGAACAACACCAGAUUGUGUUUGAAGUUUACCAUCGAGCAUCAGACACAGGAUCUGUUGCUUUGGAUGAUAUUUACAUCAGGAAGGAUACAAGCUGCUCUGCGCUCAUCCCAACUACACCUGCACCCACAACCGAACCUACAUCUCCUCCAGCCUCCUCCAUGGACUGCAACUUUCAAGAGGGACUGUGUAACUGGGUUCAAGAGACAGAGGAUGGUUUUGAUUGGAUCCGUCAGACGGGUGGACAGCUGAGUGAUCCGUGGCUUGGACCUUUGUAUGAUCACACCUUAAAAAAUGACAAUGGGUUUUAUCUUAUUGCAAAUAUGUCUGAUAAUAAAAGCGGUAAGGCUGCAGUUAUUUCUGCUCCGCUGACGGUUUACAACGCUGAUGUCUGUGUGGGAUUCUGGUACUACAUGUUAGGACCAGCUGUUGGGGACUUAAAUCUAAUCUUUGAGAAGAAAACAAGUGAAACUAUUGCAUGGACAAGACGAGGCACCCAGAACUCAGAGUGGUUAAAUGCUCAAGUCUCCAUAAGUGCUUCAGAUAUUCAGAGAGUGAAGUUUUCAGUGAACAGUACCCUAGAAGGCAAAGGAUUCAUAGCUAUUGAUGACCUCAGAGUAACAACAGGGGCUUGUGAAGAUCACAACGCAUGUGGGUUUGAAUCUCCAUCUCUAUGUGGCUUUGAGUCUGAUGGUUUUGGGUGGAUUCAUGUAGAUGGCAGCAGUGGCCAUACUGACCACACAUACAGAACUGAACUUGGCCAUUCAAUGGCUGUGCUUGGAGCAGAGCUUCAAAAACAAGAGGUCACAAAACUUUUGACACCAGAGUACAACCCAUCUACAGAGUCUUGCUUGCAGUUCUGGUACUGGCUGUCUGCAGGCUCAAGUGAUUCACUUUCAGUACACAUUCUUUUGAAUGGGGAACUGGGACCAGAACUGUGGUAUCUCUCUGGAGCACCAUCUGAUAGUUGGGAAAUAGCUGAGGUCACCGUUUCAUCUCCCUCUAAAUUCAGGGUGGCAUUCAAAGCCGAGCUCAGUCCCAGGCUUGAGUCAUUUGUUUUGUUGGAUGAUAUCUCAGUUAAGUCUGGGGCUUGCUCUCCCACUGGAUCCUGUGACUUUGAAUCAGGGCAGUGUACAUGGAUGAAUGUCGCUCGUGGAGUCUCAGAUCAACAUGACUGGAUGCAUGUAGAUGGUCACUAUGAAGGUCCUCUGGUCGAUUACACAACUCAUACUGCAGAUGGAAAGUUUCUGUUGAGCUCAUCUCAGAGGAACAUGCAUGGCCAAAACAGCCGAUCCGUGAUGAUCUCAGAAAGGAUCCUACAGAACACUGCCUCCUGUCUUGACUUCUGGUACCAUAUAAAUGGAAGUGACCCUGGGACCUUAAGAGUGUUGUUAGAUUCAGGUGCAACAGAUCAGCAACAGCUAUAUGAAACACGGGUCACUGGGAACAUUUGGAGAAAUGCCUCUGUCAAUGUGCCUGAGACCAAACAUUUUCAGAUUCAUAUAGAGGCUCAAGCAGGCAAAGAUGGAUUUAUUGCUGUUGAUGACCUAAGAUUGACACAGGGGCCAUGUAAAGAUAUCACUGUGGAAAGUGGAGUGUUUGCUGGGUGCAAUUUUGAGGCAGACACCUGUAAUUGGACAGAUAUUAGUAUUGGGCAGUUUGUUUGGACGCGGGACCAGAACGGUACAAUUACGGCCAACACUGGCCCCUCGGUGGACCACACUACAGGCACAGAGCUGGGAUGGUACAUGGCAGUAGAAGCCAGCCACGGUGACCACAACAGCUAUGCUGCUCUACAAAGUCCUGCCAUGAAAGAGGCCAGCAAUGAGUGUUUGCUUGAGUUUUACUAUCAUAUGUUUGGGGAGGGCAUUGGGGAACUGAAAGUGUUUCUCCAAGAGGGCUCGAGGAGAACGCCCUUGUGGUUUAUGUCUGGUAACCAGAGAGAUGAGUGGCAUCGGGGAGAAUUAGGUGUGGGUCGCACCCAUCAAGUUUUUACUCUGCUUUUUGAGGCUACCAGGACCUACAGUGAGCUUGGGGAUAUUGCCAUAGAUGACAUUGCUUUCUUGAACUGCAAUCUGCCAGGGCCGCAGGAAUCUUGUAAAGAUGGCAUGUUCUCGUGUUCUAACCGUGUGUGUGUGGAGUCAAACAAAGUGUGUGACUACAGUGAUGACUGUGGUGAUGGCACGGAUGAAAAGCUUUGUGAUGUAAAGGGUUAUAAGCAACGCUGCAGUUUUGAGCAGGGCAUGUGCUCAUGGGAAAACAGUGAUUUGGGAAGGGGCUGGAUUUUGCAAAAUGGAGAACAGGCCUGGCCUAAGAAUGGACCUCCAAGAGACCACACCCGCAACACUGCAGCAGGUCAUUUUAUUACACCUGCACAUAAGCUGAGUGAUGUUCAAACAGCAGAAAUCAUCUCCAGCACCCUGCUACCCAGCUCGGAUUGCACCAUGAGGUUUUACCACUAUUGUCAAGAUAACAGCACCUCGGCCAAGCUAAAUGUUAGACUAAGGACACUUCGCAAUGGAGAUGAUGACAUCAUACUUUGGGAAAAUGCUGUGACACAAAGCAUCCGCUGGCACAGAGUCGAGGUCACCUUUACCUCCAGGGUUAAGAGUAAGAUUGUAUUCCAGUAUGUAGGCAACGGUGAGACUCAUUUAGGACAAACAGCAGUGGAUGACAUUUCCUUUUCUAUGACAUGUGCUCACGAUCCUGACAACACUGAGCUCCCAGACACAUCCGAACCAACAACAACACCUAAAACAACUACACCAACAACGUCAAUAACCUCUGCUGCUCCUUCAACUUCCCCAACAGUCAACCCUUGUAAGGAGGAUGAGUUUCACUGCUGGCGGUCAGAUGGUAUAAAAUGCAUCGCAGCCACUGCCCAAUGUAACUAUGUGUUAGACUGCCCUCUAGGGGAAGAUGAAGACACCUGCGGUCCAUGUAAUUUUGAGAAUGGACAGUGCCAAUGGAGUGAUGUAAGUGUUGGCCCGAACAGAUGGAACAGAGUAAAGGUCACUAACAACACAGACCCGAAAACUGACCACACCACUGGAACAGGCCACUACACGCAGCCAAAUUUCUUGGAGCAGUCUAACAAUGAGGCUUUGUACCAAAGCCCAUCCCUGCCCAUUAGCUCUGCAUACUGCCAGCUUCUCUUUCACUUCUACAUGGGUGGACAAGGUUCAGGCAAUCUCAGCGUGCUUUUUCAGACUGAAGAUGACAAGAAGCUGCUCUGGACAAAAUCGAGGAGCAGUUUAACUAAGUGGGUCCCAGAGCUCUUACCAUUGGGUAAACACAAUCAGCCUUACAGGAUCAUCUUUAGUAGCCAGACCUCAUCUCUACCUAAUACCCAGACCUUUGCAUUAGAUGACAUCUCCUUCCAAAACUGUGAAAAGGACUACCAAGCACCAGACUUUAUCUUGGCCACGUGUUCCUUUGAAAAGGACUUAUGUGGUUGGAUUCAGGGAGCCGCAGAUGAGAUAGACUGGGAGAGAUGGAGCGGAUCUACGGAGUCCUCAAAAACAGGUCCCUCGGGAGACCACACCAGUGGAAAUGGGUAUUAUCUGUACAUCACAAGCUCAAUUCACAACAGAACAGGGGACACAGCUCAGUUGAAGUCUCCUCUUUCUCCCCCAAGUGGACCUGAUGGGUACUGCUUCACAUUCUGGUAUCACAUGUUUGGAGUGCAUGCGGGCUCACUUAAAGUGUCAACAUAUGACAUUUCAUCCAACCACAAAACGCUGAUUUGGCAGAGGCAGGGGUCUCAGGGGAAUGAAUGGCAUAUGGCCCAGAGUCACGUGAAACUACAGGAAGUUUAUCAGCUAUUCAUUGAAGCUUCAGUUGGAUUUUCUGGGCACAUUGCUAUAGAUGAUUUAUUAGUUACUAAAGGUGCCUGUGCUUCCACAGAGGGUUUUUGUGACUUUGAAGAGGGGGAUUGUGGCUGGAUACAACAGACUGAUGAAGACCUAGACUGGAUUAGAGUGUCAGAUCAAAGUCGAAAAUCAAACUUCUUAAAGUCUAGACCUGUCUUUGACCAUACGACCAACACGGCUACUGGACAUUACUUUUAUAUGGAUACCAAACCUCCCCAUGUGCAAGGACAAAAAGCAAUGAUGACAUCACCUCAGUUUAAUGCAGAUGACACCAAGUGUCUCCAACUGUGGUAUUACAUGGAGGGAAGUGGCACUGGGACCCUAAAUGUGUAUCAACAGUCCUCAAACAAAGACCGGUUCCUGUUACUGACCCAGUCUGGAGAACAGGGAGGAUUGUGGAGGUUUGCUCAGACCCCACUAACCCUCUCAGGGUCAAACUACAGGAUUAUGGUGGAGGGGAUUACAGGUCAAAGUGAACAGGGAACCAUAGCGUUCGAUGAUGUGCAGGUUACUAACUACCCGUGCACUCCUUCAGGACAAUGUGAUUUUGAGGCAAACUUUUGCAGCUGGAUCAAUCUGUUAGAGGUGAAUGACGCAGACUGGCUGAGAGUCCAAGCAAGCACUGUAAAGCACACAGGCCCCAGUGUGGACCACACCAGCAACUCCUCCACAGGUUAUUACCUUUAUAUGGACAGCUCUGUGGGUCAGUGGGGAGAAACUGCCAUGAUUCUUAGUGAGAUAUUCACCCCUGACAGCAGGGGGCACUGUUUCACAUUCUGGUAUCAUCUGUAUGGAAACAACGUUGGGACACUUAAUUUGUACAUGAAUAACAGGACCAUUCAUAACAGUGGAAAUACGUUAGGUGAGGAAGUAUGGACGGAGUCGGGAGAUCAAGGAGAUGUUUGGAGGACAAGCAACGUAUAUGUGAAACACAAAGAGCCUUUCUGGUUUAUAUUUCAGUUCAUGAAAGGAAGAGGUUCGAAAGGAAGUGUAGCUAUUGAUGAUGUUCACAUUAUCCCCGGUCCUUGUGAUCCCACUGCACCUUCACACCAUACUGAUGCUGUAGGUAUUGGUGUAGGAGUUGCAGUGACGCUGUUGGUGAUUUUUAUUGUGGGUGCAGCUCUUUAUAUGUUGAAUAAAACACAGAGAGCUAACAGGGGUUUUAUACUUGAAAAUGAUGAUCUUGAUAGGAACUAUAGACUCGAUAACAGCACAGUCUCCGGUGGCUUACAUAACAUUACACUUUCAUUGGAUGCAAAUGACACAUCAACCAUAUAAACUGGUCAAUCAACAAACAUUGUUUAUUUAACAAGCCCCUAUCAUCUGAAUUUCUGUCACCUCUGUCCCUCGCUCUUACACUGGAAAACAAUCUGCAUUUCAGCACAGUUACACAAAGUGACUUGUGGUUAACCUGCAUAAAAGUUUAAACUCAAUUGUCCCCCUUGUGGUGAAAAUUAAGUUUUAAUUGUUGUUUAUAUGUCUAUCCAUGUUGUGUUUUUAAUAUGAUUUAACAAUGUGCAAAUUCAUAACUCAACGGCAUUGCUGAGUAUUUUCUCCAUGCAUUUUUUUUGUUUUGCAAAGACAGAUUGAAAAACGCUGUUUGAAAACACUACAGUUUCCAACGUCAUAAACAUGCAACCAAGCACAUCAUCACAGUUGAACGAGUGGCUCAGUAGUUCGAGUCAUAGAUAUGUAUGGAUGCCGCAUAGACUCGGUGCUGAAACGAUUGCAGCACUGCUGCUUCAGCUCUACUUACGUGACACAAGCACACUCUGCUCUCAUGUGCAGUGUGAAUGCUCUAACCUGGUAACAUCAGCACUAAACCAUUUGUGCUGCAAAUGCGCAGCUCACGUAUGAAUUGUAAAGCCAGACUUAGCAGCUAUGUGUCUGAAAUUGCCGAAUUUAGCAUCUAUGUACAUAUAUAUCUAUGGUCCGAGCUGGUGCGAUUGAGUUGAAGCGGGGACUAAUUCGCAUAGUCAUAGAUCCGCAUAAUUCACAGGAAAAACUUUUACAUAGGCUAUUGCGAUGAUCAAGGAUGAGUUUUAAAAUUCCCGAUACAAAGGGGGACUUUUAAAUGUGUCUUCUUCACAUUUCAAUUUUCAUAGUAGUCUACCUUUAAAUAUCUAGCGGACUGAGAGUUAUUCUUAAACAAUAAAACUUCUGGGCAAAUGUUUGUCACAAGUACUAUACUGAGUACUAUACUUUACUAUACUAUAUAAGAGCUCAUAAAAAUUAAAUCACAAUAAAAUGGAAGAAGCGAUUAUCUUAUUUUCUCUGUUGUGAGUGACGUAUCCGAGUGAAACGGCUUCUGAAAUUAAACAAAAGGUGGGGCUGGACUUGAAUUCAACCAUUGAGAAUUGAUUGCAUCGUCGGAAGUUGCUAUUUGCUAAUGGCUGUGAUCUUUCCUGGGCCCCACCCUCCCGCCAUACUCCGAAGUAAAGAGAGAUAGUUUUGUGGAGGUGAAUGAUAUUUGCAUUUUUGAUUUACGAUUAUGGGGGCACAUGAAUUUUUUUAUAAUGAAGCUCACAGAUACCACAAUAUUUCAAAAUUUCAAUAGUUUUUAAUUUCAUUGUGACUUUAAAUAAAACGAUGUUGAUGUCAUCAGUUUAAAGGUGCAGUGUGUAAAUUUUAGCGACAUCUAGUGGUGAGGUUGCGAAUUGCAACCAAUGGCUCAGUCCACUGCUCACCUCUUGCUUUUGAAACACAUAGAGAAGCUACGGUAGUCAUCGUUGGAGACAACUUAGUAAAAAAGUUUGUCCAUUAAGGGCUUCUGUAGAAACAUGGCUGCACAAAAUGGCGGCUUCCAUGUAAGGGGACCCUCGGUGUAUGUAGAUAAAACUUCUCAUUCUAAGGCAAUAAACACAUAACGGUUCAUUGUGAAAGGUCUUUAUAUACCCCUGAUAAUUUAGUUUUGUAUAUUAUUUUGCAUUUCUGUCCAGAGAUCCUUCUAAAAAUUACACACUGCACCUUUAAUCUUGUAUAAAUUACAACAACAGCUCCAGAUGUAUCAAAGGUUUCUU